AUGCUGAUCGUGCAGUGCUUGCAAUCCAAAGUUACCGACGAAUUUGCAAAAUGUGAAGAUCUGAAGCCUGGAAUGCUUGUGCAGAAUUUGGUGUGCGUUGUGAAGCGGGUCGACAGUAUCUGGAUUGACAAGCUGAAGAACGCCAUAAAAGGUAAGAUUUUCUUUUUUCUUCUUCUUUUAGACACACAUGACGGCAUCAAACAUGUCUUGUUUUCAGCUGUUCUGGAGAUCUUUGAUGAAACCAAUCUUUAUCGGCCAAUAAUCUGCAAUCUCUGGACUCCCUGGCAUUCCAUUAAUGGAGAGCUGAAAGCUGGUAAUUUAAUUCAUCUCCGGCAUUUCCAUGCAACCUCGGUUAAUGACGAGCUUCAACUAACCGGUUACUGCGGCCUCCUCAAUGUCGCUGCUUUUGGCUACAACAACUACGGCGACGAUAUUGAAUAUAUUUUUUGGUCAAACGAACCACCAAAAGAACAACGAGUCUAUACUGCAAGCUUGGCUAAGCGAGUAAGAUUUUCCUCUAAUUUUUUAUGUUUUAUUUUUAGGUGAAGCAUCUGAGAAGAUUGAUCUCAGCGGUCUUCGGUGAAAUGAUGAGAGUUGAUGCCGAUAUUGACACACCAACCCAAGUGUCGGCGGAAACGUUGACCGAGAUCUUUGGAGAGGCCACUACUAGUCUGAAUUUUGAUGAAAAUUAUGAUUUUAACGGCACUGCAGCUACUAAAGCGGUCGCUACGAGGAGCUCAAAGGGAGAAACAUCCUCAAAAUCAGCCACGACUAGUACGGAGCCAAAAGUAGUUGACGACAACCAAGGAAUGAAACUUUUGAUUGACUGGAGAAAAGAGAAAAGCAGCAGUAAUGUCAACUUUGAAAGUACAAACUUGGCUGCGUACAAGAUUGACCAAGCGCUUGGAGGAAAUCGGUUGAAACGGCCUAUUUCUUACGCUCCGUUUGAACUGCUGAAGCCUAGGAUAAAGGGCGAUGUGAAGAUUUCGAAAUUGUCAGAAUGCACGGCUAAUGGGUGCCAUAAUUUGGCGGUUCAGGUAAGGAAUCUGUUUGCGCCGAAGUUGGAUUUCGAGUGGGUCUACGCGUUUUUGGUUUAUUAACAUUUUAAUCCUUACACACUUAUUUCUUUAAUUUUUAGCUGAUUGGAUACGAACUUCGGGCAAACGGAAGCAUUCUGAGGGUUUGGGAUGGCACAAGUCCAAAGUUGUGAGUGUCAUCACAACCAUUGAACUGCUAUUAUGUUCACUUUUUUCAGCAUAAACCUCGACCUCCGCGACUCAUUCACACCGCCCGCCAAUACGGUACAUUCAACGUUAAGUCGGAAGGUCGGCAAAAGGUUUAUGGAUAUUUUUGUACCGAAACGCUACAAUGAGAUUGUGGAAAUGUUUAAACCGGGUGAAUUUAUGGUCUUGAUCGGAGUCAGAAUUGGCUCCUUGUAUGCUCCUGAAUGGACAUUGGAUGGAAAUGAAGGGAAACGGGUCUAUUUAUUGAACAAAGAGGACAAACUGGGAAAGAAACUUUCCGGGUAAGUAUAAACCUCUGUGCAACGAACCCAUUGUGAAGCCUCUGUACAACGAACCCGUUUGUCAAAAAAACUUUAAAUACAGUGGCAUGUAUGGAUGCCAAUAAAAGCCCUUUUUAACGGCUACUUUUCGAGGUACCAGGAAUGAAUGUUAGGUCAAAAUGAAUAUAACGAAUAAAUUGUUUGGCUAUGAGAGAUUUGUUAACAGGGGUGUCAACAAAUGAACACCAUUAAUAUGUAGUGUUAGGGUUGUUCAGAAGUCCAAUUUUUGUAUCAAAUAGUGUCACAGGACAUAAGGAAAUUUUUAUGAACAACAUUGGAUUUUCCCGGCAGUAUCUUUUGUAUUACGGUAUUUCAGACAGCUCGACAAAGUCCAUUUGAAGGAGUCAUCCAAAGAGCCAAAUUCAAGAUCCAAGUCUAAAUCCAAGUCUUGA